UUUUUUUUAAAUAAUCUCUUAAUAGGUCUGGUAAUGUCUGAUUCGGUCAGAUGUGUGGAAGAGUCUAAAUACUAUUCAGACUCAUUUUAAAGCCCUAUUUUAUUUCCCCAAAAAUCUCUAACGUAGUUUUUUUUUCUCUAUUUACGCCUGAACUCUCUCUCUUUCUCCAACAGCUCGGCUCUAUCUCUCUUUCUCCAACAACAUCUGCUCUCUUUUUCUCCUAUUUCUUCAAGUAACAGUCGGCUGAAAUUCUUUGCUCUACUUAUUCAACAUGGAUAUUGAUGAUCAAAUAUUACUGUUGAUGAGCUUGUAUUGGUAGAGAAACCGUUAUAGACUCAAGUAAGAUCGAAGAAAUAGAGAUUUAACAUCAUCUUUAUCUGGUCAAAAGUAUACAUUAGAACUAUUGUCCGGCUCUAAUCGACAAUGUAUAGAAUUGAUGCACAUGUCACGUGAUGCUAAUGUUCGGCUAUGUCAACAUUUUAGACAUAAUGGAUGGCUUAAAGAAAGCAAACAUAUAUCUGUCGAAGAGAAGAUAGCAAUAUUUUAACUAUCAUAGGACAUAAUGAGCACUACAUCGUUAUCAAUAGAAGAUUUCAACAUUCUUUGCAAACAGCUCACAAGUAUUUUCAUGAGGUUCUUGAUGCAAUGAUGAAGUUUGCAAAAGAGAUGAUAGCGCCGACAACAUUUGAUUCGAAUAUGAAUAUUCCUGGUGCUCAUAACAAAUUACGAAGAAUUUUUAAGGGAGCAGUAGGUGCACUAGACGGGACAUUAGUACAUGCCGUUGUUCCUGCUAAUCAACAAAUUGUUUACAGAGGAAGAGGAAAAGGCAAAGGCUAUCAUAAUGAUCUGGCAAUAUGUGACUUUAAUAUGGUCUUCACUUAUGUUUAUGAUGGAUGGGAAGGGGUAGCACAUGAUGCACAUGUUCUAACGGAGAUUGUGUCUAAUCCAGAGAAGGGCUUUCGAUUUCCUCCAUCUAAUAAGUCAUACAGUUUAAACAAUUGAAAUGAUUAUGUAACUUUUCAAUAGGAUCACCUAACAUUUUUAUUUUAAUGUCAGAUAAAUACUAUCUAUGUGAUGCGGCAUAUUCUAAUACUCGAGGAUUUCUAGUACCGUAUCAUAAUAUUCAAUAUUGAUUAGGAGAUUAUCAUCGCAGGCGUACCAUAACUAAGGAGGAAAAGUUUAAUCAUGCUUAUGCACAGUUUAGAAACAUUAUUGAACGUUCUUAUGGAGUCUUGAAAGCAAAAUUUCCUAUAUUGGACAAGAUGGCUCCAUAUCCUAUUAAUAUCCAAAGAGAUGUUGUUAUUGCAU